CAACAUUUGGGUUACUGAAUCCGACCCUAAUUGUAUCAAUAUGGGUCAUUUUUCUUCUGCCUAAGCCCUAAAAAAAAAAAAACCCUUCAAUGCUUUCAUUUUGUAAACGAAAUUGAAACUUCAGUGAGUGUUGAGAAUCUCAAAAUGGCGGCAAUGAAUCGAGCAAAAAGAAUACUGAGCUCUCUCCAGCUGGCCAACUCGCUUCACUCGACUCGGAUGCUUCGAACCCACUCGCUUUACUUUCAGGUGACUCACUUCUCUCACCUCUCUCCAUUUCUCUCUCCUUCUCUCUCUAAACAACCUCACGCUUUCAAUUUUCUGUACUUCCAUCAAAAGCUGUUCUUCUCAUCAAAUCCAAACUCUAUUGUUGAUCUCGUAUUGGCCAAUGAUUGGUCCAAAAAAUUGGAGGUUGAGUUAUCAAACACCACCACAACAUUGACCCAUGAAACUGUUAUAUACAUUUUGAAGAGACUCGAUAAAGACCCAGAAAAGGCUUCGAAUUUCUUCAAUUGGGUCUGUGACAAAAAUGGGUUUAAACCCAGUUCUUCUGUAUUUAGCUUAAUGCUUAGAAUUUUUACUAGCAAAGAGUCAAUCAAGCAGUUUUGGAUCACAAUUAAGAAAAUGAAAGAUACAGGGCUUUAUAUUGAUGAAGAAACGUACAAGACAAUUCUUGUGUUUUUUCGGAGUUCAAAGAUGGCAAGCGAUGCCAAAGCUUUGACUCAAUUCUACAAUAAAAUGGUUGAUGAAAGUGCUAUUGAUAGUGUAGUGAAAAAUGUGGUUGAAGUUGUUAUUGGGAAUGAUUGGGGCCAUGAGGUUGUUAAAGAGUUGGAGAAGAUGAAAAUUUCGGUGUCCUAUAAUUUUGUAUUGAGGGUAUUGAAGGAGCUUCGAGGAUAUCCAUCAAAAGCUUUAAGUUUUUUCAAUUGGGUCGGUUCGCUUUCAGGUUUUGAACACGAGAGUGUUACUUAUAAUGCAGUUGUUAGAGUUCUAGGUCGGGAUGAUUCAAUUGGGGAGUUUUGGAGUAUGGUGAAGGAAAUGAAGAGUGUAGGACAUGAGAUGGAUCUUGAUACUUACAUAAAGAUUUCGAGGCACUUUCAGAAAUUUAAGAUGUUUAAGGAUGCAGUGGAACUAUAUGAGCUUAUGAUGGAUGGGCCAUUUAAGCCCUCAGUUCAGGAUUGCAGUGUGCUUUUGCAGACCAUAUCAAGAAGUAAUAGUCCAGACUUAGAUUUGGUGUUUAGAGUUGUGAAGAAAUUUGAGGCAGCCGGGAAUUUCCUCUCUAAGGCUGUUUAUGAUGGGAUUCACAGGUCUCUGACGAGCGUGGGUAAAUUUGAUGAAGCGGAGAAGAUUAUGGAGACGAUGAGAAAUGCAGGGUAUGAACCUGAUAACAUAACGUACAGCCAAGUGGUAUAUGGACUUUGUAAAGCAAAGAGGCUAGAAGAAGCAUGCCAGGUGCUGGAGCAGAUGGAAGCAAGCGGAUGUAUUCCUGAUCUCAAGACUUGGACCAUUUUGAUACAAGGGCAUUGUGCAGCUGAAGAAGUUGAUAAGGCAAUAAUUUGUUUUGCAAAGAUGAUGGAGAAAAAUUGUGAUGCUGAUGCUGAUCUCUUGGACAUCUUAAUAAAUGGAUUUCUUAGCCGGAACAGGAUAGAUGGUGCAUACAAAUUACUGGUUGAGAUGGUGAAUAAAGCUCGUUUAAGACCUUGGCAAGCUACGUACAAAAGUCUUAUCCAUAAGCUUUUAGGAGAAAGGAAACUUGAAGAAGCAAUGAAACUUCUUCAUCUAAUGAAGAAACACAACUACCCACCUUUCCCAGAACCCUUUGUUCAAUAUAUUUCAAAGUCCGGGACAGUGGAGGAUGCGGGGGACUUCUUGAAGGCACUGAGUGCGAAGGAAUAUCCAUCCAUUGAAGCUUACCUUCAUGUUUUUCGAUCUUUCUUUCAGGAAGGCAGACAUUCUGAGGCCAAAGACCUGCUUUAUAAAUGCCCUCAUCAUAUUCGUAAGCAUAAGGCCAUUUACGGUCUUUUUGGUUCUGCAGAGAGCAGAAGUGCUGGUGCUGUUUGAUUUGAAGGCAAUUAAUUCAUAUUCAGAUCUUUGUUGUAGAAAUGAACUUAGUUCUUGGUAGUUCUUCACACUGCAGAUUACCAUCCAGAUAUUUCGUUUUUUUAUGUUUGGGUGUUUGAAGCAUCAUUAAGUUAUCGCGAAGUGAGGGUGGUAGUACGAUAUCUGGGAAGUUCACAAGGUUUGAGUGGUUGUUUUGAUAUUGUAGAUGCAAAGUAGAAGACUUUUGCUUUUGUUUCUAAUGAAUAAAUAUUUAUACAUUUUAGUGCAUCCA